AUGAAGCCAGGUGUACUGUACAGUGCUAUCUGGCUUUCCCUUUUCAUCGCUAUUGCUGAAACCCGCGCUUACCAUGAUGUCAUCUGGAAUUCUAGGUUCUUCAAUGAAAACUUUAAAUUCACCAAAAUGCAUGUCCGUCUCGGAGACCAAUUGACGAUUGUCUGUCCAGAAUCUUAUCACCAAGGAAUGAGUUAUGAAUACGCCAAGCUGUAUUGGGUGUCUGAGAAAGAAUUUGAACAAUGCUACACUGACCGGUCCCAGCCAUUUGGAGUCUGUGGGGAUGAAGAUAGAACAGAAACAAUCAAGCUCAACUUCCGUAGCAGAAACCCAAUCCCUGGUGGUAUGGAGUUUGAAGUGGGAAAAACCUACUAUCUCAUUUCAACUUCCACCGGCGAGGCUUACGGAAUCAAUAAUGUGAUUGGAGGUCUCUGCACUGAGCAUCAAAUGAGAAUUGCGAUCGAGAUUAUUGGCGGCCAAGUUCCUGUUCAGCAGAUGAGAUACGAAGUUCACGAGUAUCAGUCAUUGAGUUACACCGCUCCAAUUUCUUCCUGGCUGUCACUUCUCUUUUUGGCUUCAUUCGUCCUCUACUAUUACGUUUAG